AUGAUUGUGCCAUCUGGAGCAUUCAGACAUACAGUAAAGCUACGACCACUGGCUUUACCUCCACCAAAACUACGUAAACCUACUGCAAAGAAUCACUCUCAGUUACAGGACAAUUCAUCCCAAAAACCAACACUUGCAACGGAUGAUGUCAAUACUGGAUCCUCAACUGCUGUUCCUAUCUACACUACUCUAGAAAACUACAAUCCUUAUGAUGUUGCUUCUGCUGCAUAUUCUACUGCAAUGUCCAGUGUCUUUGUUCCUGCAUCAACUAAUACUUCAUCCACCAAUCUUGAUGCUUACUCGAACAGAUUUCCUGACCAAUCCAAUACUGCUCCGUUGGUUCUUUCUAAUGUCAAACUCACUCAUGGUCGUCCAACUUCAUUCAUCAUUUCUCCUGGACAUGACAAUGAUUUGGAUAAUUUGGAUGAUUUGGAUUUCGAUAUCCACAAUUCCGACACUCAACACUGCGUGUUGGAUCAUAAACCACAAUUAUCUGACCCUGAGCAAGACAUUCAAUAUACGGAUUCAAAAAGUGAUACAACUGCAGUUUCUGAAACUUGGCCUUCUUCAAACUCGGCAGAUUCUUCAACUUUGAGUGGUACUGAUGGUACAUGGCGUGAUCGCUCAUCCACCUUGGUUGCUCCUCCAAAACCGCCAGCGCAUUGCAUUCCAGAUUACGAUUAUUGCCAUGUCGAAUCCGAUACUCUGGAAAAUGAGCUCAAUGAAUUUUACAACUAUGACGAUUUUGCUUUAUGCGCAAACGGAAAAUAUAUGUGGGAAACUACUGUACUGGCUGAUCAUAUACAUAGCGAUGUGAUUCAAGAACUGAUGGAACAGAUUAGUAUGCAACAUUCAGAUUUGCGUAUUGCGGCUUCAAACAAAUUGCUGUACUUUACACAAGGUUUAUAUCUUCCGAUAAAACUGCAAUCAACAUCGGAUCAACUUCAAGCCAUUAUCAAAAACAACAAACUUUUGUAUGAACUCGACGUAUUCCCCACUGUGUAUGCUGCAUUCCGUGCUACAUCGUAUGCAUUCGAAACAAUUUCCAAGCAGCAGGUCAUCACUACUGAAACUCAGUUGACUCUUGAUUUGAAUAUUCUAGAAGCAACUACUUAUCUAAGUAUCAUGUACUCGAUAGUAUUGAUCAAUAUGCGCGAUCCAGCAUUCAUCAAUGAGAUUUCAAAUCUGGAUCCGUAUAUACCACAAUUUCUGUUCAAGAUUCUUGCUCAAUUGGCUGAAGGAAACAGACAACACUAUCCAGUAAAAAAGCUUCUUUUAUUGUUGUGGAAGAUAUUGAUGACGAUUGUUGGAAGUGAUGCAGAUCUUGCUACCAUGACGAUUGAAGCGCGUAAAUUAAACGGAAUUGUUCCUGCUGAUUCUUCAUUAUACUAUAUAAAAUCCACACCACAGGACUAUCAAAAUUAUCAUACUAUUGCUUCUCAUAGGUACCCGGCCUACUAUCUUCCAGAUGCUGUACAUCAUUUAUCAAAUGUCACAUAUUCAAUGAUUGAUUCGCCAUCAGAAAAUGUGUUUCAAACAGUCUCGCCAUUCUAUGACUAUACAGAGCUAUGUCCAUCGCACGAAUAUCAAUUGCAGCCACUCAUAUUCAAGUCAGAAACUACCAUGCCCAAUCCAAUGCUGGAAGCUGUAGGUGCCUUUAAAAAAUACAAUUAUGUCAGUGUCGGAGCCAUGCAAAUUGCGCGAGAAAUCGAGGUGCUCAAUCAAAGUGGUUUGCCUGCAUUGAAUUCUGUUGAAAAUACUGUUUACCCAACUGCUCGGGUUGAUGGACAUUGUCCUCGCACAUACUCUGAAUCUAGGUCAAAAAAACCUACACCUACUUCUGGUUUAAGCCGACUCGAAAAGCUUUUUUCGAAUUUGCAAGAAAACCUGCCGCGCUAUAUGAGCAUGCUUGUACGACUGAUGUACUACUUGAAUUUAGCAUCCAACGAAUCUUCUCCCAAAGGAUUUGGUUUGGAUGAAGUACCCUCGACUGCACAAAUUGAUGCCAUACCACUCAAUGAUCGAACUGUAGUGCUCGAAUGGUUAGAUUCUGUUCGACAUCGUGAAACGGUUACUUUGGCUAUAUGCAGUUCCAUGCUUUUGCUGCUACGUGGAUUUAAGCGAUAUCACGUGCUGGCGUUUGAGUACAUGUGCCAAUUACUUAUGGAUAGCAACUGCGCUAUUUUGAUUGUAAAAAUGCUGAAUACAUGGUUUUCAAAUAUCCCUACAAAUGAAUCAUACAGUAAUUUGGGAGCUGGAAGUCAAGAACGACCCAUUGGAUCGACAUGGCUAUUGUAUCGACGUGAUCCUGCCCAACUCAAUUUUAUUGAUUUCUGUCGUGGACCACUUUCUCCUACUGAAUCUGCUACAUUUGACACAUCUCAUUCGACACCUGAUUUUCUCAACAGCUGA